GAGGCCUUCUACCACCAAAUAUUAUGCCAAGAAAGCGCUUUUCUGCGCUGCUGGCGUUCUUACACGUAUCGGACCCGGAGGACUGUGGAGCUGCAGCUUCUGUCGGCAAAACCUGGAAGGUAUACUGGCUGUUGAAGCACAUCAAUGAAAAAUCAGCAAGUUUUUUCCAACCACGGCGUGAUCUCUCAGUCGAUGAACGCAUGGUAAAAUCUAAAGCCCGAUCAGGAAUAAGGCAAUACAUUCGAGACAAAGUGACGAAGUGGGGAUACAAACUCUGGGUGGUGGCAGACUCAAGAACAGGCUACACCCUUCAAUUUGUUGUGUACACUGGCAAGCGUGAGACACCAGGACCUCACGGUCUAGCUUUUGACGUAGUCACCAAGCUCUGCACAGAGUACCUUGAUCAAGGGUACAAGAUUUACAUGGACAACUUCUAUACAUCAACGAAACUUUUCGACCACCUCCUUGCGCGCAAGACGUUUGCAUGCGGCACAUCUCGCAAAGAUCGCCGAUGUUUUCCAGCUGAAUUGAAAGAUGCUAAAUGGGAAAGAAGAGCUCAGCGGGGAGAUGUUAGAUGGAUUCGUGAAGGGAACAUCCUCUACAUGCAGUGGAAAGACAGGCGUGCGGUAAACCUGAUGAGCACGAUGCAUACAGCAAACGAGCAUGUUUCGGCCCCACGAAGAGAAAAAAGAGGGGACAAGUGGACUUUGAGGACCAUCAAAAAGCCGCUUCUAGUCCACGAAUACAACGCUGGAAUGUUGGGAGUCGACAAGUCGGACCAAAUUAUUGGAACAUACAACGUCCUGAGGAAAUGUAAUUUCGAAAAUAAUUUUCUGGCUCAGUACAGCCACUGA